AUGAAGGAAAUGUGGCAAAUCCUGCUCUCAGGCUUCAGUGUCGCUGCACAGGGCUGGUGCUCGGCCCUGUUUGUGCUAGAUUCCCUGUUACAGGAUGCAGCAGAAAAGCUGGCAGAAGAGUCCAGUUUUCAGAAUCACCGAAUAUUCAAGGGUUUUUCCACAGCACCAAAUUCCCCUUCGGUGAAUUCACGUUCCAAUACCUUGGGCCCAUCCCUGUCCCUUGGUAACAUCUCGGGAAUGACAGCAAACCCCGAAGGGAAGAAGCGCAGAGCUCCUCCGCCGCCCGUGGCGACGCCGCCCUUGCAGCACGUGGAGACGAGAGGCCAGGAGAAGACAAGAGCACAGAUUUCCCAUGGAGCAUCCCUGAACGAUCUACAGAAAAAGAAGAGACGUGCCCCUCUUCCGCCAAGCCCGUCUGCUCCCCCCACUCCUGCCAUGCCAAACAGGACGGAAGGAAGGGAGGACAAGCGGAAGAGCACAAUGGAGAGCCUGCAGCCUGCACAUGAUAAUGUUUAUGCAGUCGAUGACGUGGUUCUGGAGCUGUCAGAGGUAGAAGAAACAGCAUCAGAAAGCAGCUGUUUUGCAUCUGAGGACACCACCGAGGACUCUGGUGUCGUGAGCUCCCCGUCAGACAUCGUGUCUUUGGAUUCACAGAACGGCAGUGUCAAGUUGAGAGACAAGUGGGUCAAUGGCUGCCCGGACUCCGCUGAGGCAGACCCAGCGUGUGGCAGAGAGCUGUGCCCUGCUGGGGCUGCCUGCUCCGACAACGUGGCAUCCGACAGCACCCCAGAGAGAGAUGAGGAGAGUGCUCCCAGCUCGCGUGACGGCGAGGACUCGCUCCUCGCUGCUCAGCUCCAGCAGACGCUGGCUGACCUGGACGAAGACCUGGAAGCUGUGGAGAACAUAAGCAACUCUGACUUCGAGUAUGUUACUGAGGCAUUGAGCCCACAUGCUAGGACAGUUGAGGCUGCUCAAGAUAUUACGGUUUCUGUUCCAGUAACAAUCAUAGAUGAAGAUGCAGAAGUUAACAUCCCUAGAUCUGCUGGAAAUCAAGAGAUGAGGAGUUCAGAAAAUAUUUCAGCUGACUCAGUUAAUGCUGGGAACUUUAACAAUAAAAACAACAAUGCAGGUUCCUUUGAUAAGGGACAUAUAAGUGGUGGAUCUAUAUGUGUUUCCAAGGACUUGGAUCAGCAUCAUCAACAACCUUCUGAAAAUGAAUUUGAUAACUUGCCUGUGGAGCAGAGGAGAGAUAUGUUUGAAUCACUCACCUCUUCCUUUGAAAAAAAAAGUGAAAAGAACUUAAAACUGGAGCCCCCGCCUAAACCUAAUGCAAAGUCCGAGGAAUAUAAAUCUAAGCCGAUUCCAUCUUACUCCAAGGCCACAACUGAAAUCAGUACAGCAAAAGAGAAAAAAAAUCCAUUUAAGGAUUGUAGCAAAAGGGAAAGACCUCUGAAAAAAAGUAAAUCAGAAUUAGAAAUCAAACAAUUACCAACAAAAAGAAAUGAAGAGAAGGUAGAAGAAAUCCCUUCAACACCCACAUGGUGUCAUCGUGUCCAGCAUACAGGAACAAGUUAUGAACCGAAAAUGGGUUUGACAACCUUUAAAGUUGUUCCUCCAAAACCUGAAGUAAAGCAUUUUGAUAGAGGAGUCUCCCUCUCCACAGGUGCCAUUAAAAUUGAUGAACUGGGCAAUCUCAUAACCCCAAAUGCUGGUAGCAAUAAGAGCACAUCAGGUACUACUAGUCUCACUAUUGAUGAAAGUGAGGAAAUUCCUCUUGGGAAAGUGAAGGAGUUCUGGAGGUCAAAUUCUAUGGAAAAGCAAAGUGAUGACUCUGCAGAGCAUCUUCUUAAAAAGUCAGCAGUCACCACAAACUCUAAAACAUCCUUUACUCUAAAACAUGAACACAAACCUGUCUGUCUUGUAGCUCCAAAACCUGCAGCACCACAAACUGUUACUUCCCAGGUAGGUGAAAGACAGUUUGAAAAUGAAAAGACCAAACCACCUCUUCCAGCCACACAGUCUCAAGUAAAACCAUUAGUGGCCCCAGCCAUUAAUAAAGACAAGGCGGAGCUUCCAUUUCUAAAGCCGCAUAGGAGGACUUCAAGUCAAUAUGUUGCCUCUGCCAUUGCAAAACACAUCAACCUACCUACCUUUAAGUCUGACUCCACAGAAUAUCAUGAGAAAGAAGAAAAUAAGCCUGGGGCAGGUGAGGUUAAAACUGAAGGAGAACUUUUCCCAAAGAGAUGUAUUAUUGUGGCCAAAUACAGCCCUGUGGAAACAGAUUCAGCAGAAACAAGAGAGCCACCUUCAAAUGUUUUUGCUUCCAGUCUAAAAGUAUCACACAGGUUUACACCUGGUGAUAAUUCUGGAGUAGAGAACAAAACAGUUAACAUCAGGGCACCAAAUCAAGCAACUCCUAGUUUCUAUAAAAAGAAUGGCAGUGUCCCACUUAGUAAAUCCUCUUCAAAGGAUAACAACGCUGCAGAAGAUGAUCACAGUUUAAGCAGCAAGCAAAAUAUAGUAGAGAAAAAAAUGCAUCUUUUGUUGGACCAGAAAUGUGAGACUUUGAACCAUACUAAUUCAGCCCCAUCCCUGAAGUCACCUGAUCUCCAGGCUGUCCCACCCUUUUCCAGCUCGUCUCUGCGGGCCAGUAAAUGGCCUCCCACCGGCAGCCUGCAGGCCGGUUGUUCCAAAGCAGCUUGGCCCGAGCCGAGCGGCGCGGCCGCCAGCAGCCACGCGGAGUCCGAGCGGGAGGACAAGCACGACGGUCUGGCUGCUGGUGCUGUCGCCGAGGCAGAUGUCAACGUUCAGACCAACAUCUUCGGACCAAAGAAGAAGUUCAAGCCCGUUGUGCAGAAACCCAUCCCUAAAGACACGUCCCUGCACAGUGCCCUGAUGGAAGCAAUCCAGACAGCAGGGGGAAAGGAGAAACUCAGAAAGAUUUCAGACACUGCGUUAAACGGAAGUCAGAAGAAACCCUCAUAUGUUGAGCCAGAGAACGAGCGCUCAGCCCUGCUGGCAGCCAUCAGAGGCCACAGUGGCACCUCGAAGCUGAAAAAGAUCUCCUCAGUGGCCUCUGAAGAACUGCAGAGUUUUAGGAAUGCAGAACUGUCCUUGCAAAAAGCAGAAGACCAUCAGGAAGAGCAGCUUUGUAUCCCACCACCUCCCACACAGCCACCACCUCCUGCACCACCAUCAGCAGCAACAGCUCCAAAAUCCUCUGUGCCUGCUGCAGCUGACCCUGCUGAGGCAAGGCAAGCCCUAAUGGAGGCCAUUCGCUCUGGUGCUGGAGCAGCAAAGUUAAAAAAGGUCCCUCUGCUCGUUUGAAUUGUGUAUAAAGAACAGGUAAUUGGAAAAUCUAACCCCAUAUGCACCCAUAAUCAUCAUUCAAGGUCUGAAGUGGCAAAAACACAUCAAGAAGUUUAGUUUAUUCUCUUGUCUACAAGCCAAAAUAAGUUAAUUUUCAGUGUUCCUGCAUAAUGGUUCUAAGGGAAAAAUAUGUUGUUCUGCUGUAAAGCUUCUGUGCCAAGGAAUUGUGUUUUGCCUCUGAAUAUUUAAGGUUGCCAAUAAACUAUUCUUGUUGGCAGGUUAAUAAGAGUGUAAACACUGUGCAGUCUUCUGUUAAUACUUAAUUGUGUUUAUGGGCAAAAUUAAAAGACUUUUGCUAGCUAUCUGAAAAGUAAUAUUCAUUUCAAGUUGUUAAAAGUACGUAACUAUUUCAGACUAUUUACUUGCAUCUUGAUUUGGAGAAGAAUUAUAAGCAAUAAGAGGGAAAAAAAGAAACAGAAUAAAGAUCUAUAGGAGUCAAUAACAAUAGCAAAUUUAUGGUAUAUUCUGAAAGACCUAAAUUGCCAUAUGCUGCAGUCACUGUCUUUCAUGAUUAGGUGGAGUUUAUAUAUCUGCAGCUCUGAGAAAGCAGGUGAUCAAUGGAGAAGGUGAGACCGCGUGUCUGUUGAGAAGUUACUCACGGGGUAUGAUGUAUAGAGUAGCAUAUACUGACCCGGGUAGCGCCCACGGCACGUGAAAGAUGCCGAGACUCCUU